AUGGUUAGUGAUGUCCACCAAGUGUCUCGUCUCCGCUACUUUGUCCCGGAGGUCACUCACCAAAUAUCGAUCGACGGGGUAGUGGUGUCUUUCUGGCCUCACCUGUUCGUGAGACACAGCGGCUCGGGCGUCCUCCUCGACGCUCCCCGCUCUGAGGACAAACACAAUGGGCGGCUCCUGGGAAAUAUCGAUUUCGAAAUCUAUCAGAAAAACAUUAAGUGGCUCCUAACAAAACACAUAGUGUUGACGACGCUCGUCAGCGACGAAUUAGAAAAAAGAUAUCUCAAGAAGGGCGCCGACGAGAGAAAAGAGGCGCCGAGAACGAGCUCGGGCACCGACACUACAGAGCGACUCAUAUGUACAACACGGAAUAUAUACAACACAGAUAUGUACAGAAUAAAUAAACACAGAGAGGACGGCGCCCACACGGACGAGCCUCCUCACUGA